ACAGACACAACAAUAUUCUGCGAUUCACUGCUGACAGCUUACCGCUCCAGAUGGAUUCACUUUGGCUGAUUGACUUGUCAAACAAUAGACUGCACUGUGACUGCCGAAUGAGGUGGAUAAAGGCUGGACACUACAAUUUUGACAAGAAAAGUUUCACAUUCGAAUGUUCCUAUCCAUCCAGCAAUAGCGAUCGUGAUUUGUUGGCACUUAGUAACGAAGAUUUAAUAUGCGGCAAUCAUCAUACGGUGAAAACUCUCUUUAUCUUGCUGAUAUGCAGUGUAUUAUUUGUAGGGUUUUCUCUAUCAGGCUUUUUUAUAAUAAGAAACCGUCGGCGUCGGAAGAAGUUGAAGAGAGCAGCUGCAGAAGAUGACAGCGGUGGUGAUUACACAGCAGUAUAUAUUCGCGAUGAUGAUGAUCAAGCUACAGUGUCAUUACCGGAUGAUAAACAUCUCUUGGAAAAUGACAAAAAUGUAGAAUGUGAUGUUUAAUAAUUUGGAUGAAAACUACCUUGGAUACACGAUCUUACGACUCUAAAUUGAAAGUUAUUGUCUCAGAUAAAAUACCACAAAAUAUAAAAAAAUGUUUUCAGGAUAGGGUAACUUACUAAGGAUUAUAAAAACUAAUAAUGGUCUUACAGUUGGCACUGUUACCAUGUAGCUAUAUAGUAAUGUCAGAUAUAUAAGUUAUGAAAAUGUAGUUCGGUAACCAGAUGAGUAAAACAUGUUUCAGCAUUAUUCUUGUUUCUUUAAACAAUAUUUGUUUUUAAUUUCUAUAUAUUUAUAACAAUUUUAAAAGUCAAAUAAGCUGAUCCUGAAAACUGAAUUUUCUGUUCACAAAUAUGUAUGAAAAAAGAAAAAAAAUCAUUUUAAGUGGAAACGCUCGUUUGUUGGUCAUUUCUUACAUUUCUAUAAAUAUUUCUUUUAAAUAAGACAAACUUUUAACUCAGAUAAUAUACUGUUCAGAUGUGCUGUUGAACCUUCCGUAGAACGGCAGAUAUCAGGAUAAAGGUUCCUUU